AUGACGUCUGCAUUAACCACUACAAAUAACACAAGUUCAAAAGAUGAAGACGUUGCCUUUUGGCUUCAUAAUAAACUUGGCUCGCAUGCUGAUCUAUGGUCAUCAUUCAGCAUCAGUUCAACGCUCACACAAGAGCAUUUGUUGUCGAUUAAAUCGAUUCUAUGGAGUUUAGAUACACUAGUAAAAAUCAAGCUAUUGCUCUCCUUCAUUCAUAUACCGAAACGAAAUAUUAGUGAAUGGGAAACUCUCUUAAAUGAUAUCAUCGAAUUAAGUCGAAAAGAUAGUGUAGGCGAUCAAUGGGUUGCAGUAAUUAGUGAAAUAAUGAAAACAUUUCCAGAUAAAUCAUUGUUUAAUCUUGAUUUAACCGAUCAAGAAUGCGAAGGUUUUACCAGCGGCAUACAGGAACUACGGAAAACUGUCAAGAAAAAUAAUGAUACUACACAUCUCCCAUUGGAAUCGUGUUAUUUAGGAAGAAGUGCAUUAAAAAUGUUAACUGGUGAUAUUCCAAAUCCUCCAAAGUGCUUUAGUCUUAUACGUAAAGCUAAAUCAGCUCGAAUCAGACAAGAACUAUUAGAAAAAAGCGCUCAAACAUCCAAAACAAAGAAAACAUCAGAUUAUGCGGCUAUCACUGGAUCCCGACGAUCAGUUGAUGAAUAUUCUUCAUUUUAUUCUGCAUCAAGUUCCACACCAAAACCGUCCAACGUUGGCUUUCUCAAAUCCACGCCUAUUAGCGCUACAUCAGGUAUUAUUGGCACGUCACGAUUACACAGUCGGCGCGAAGGAAAUGUUAAACUACUCUCAUUGGAAGAGGAACAAGCGUUAAACGACAAAAAACGGAAGAAACCAUCAGUCGAUGAUGAGGAUAAUACCAAUGAGAAGAAAUCUACCCGUAGUAAGAAAGCGACUGCACAGCAACCAAGCGUCGACCGGUUAGACAGCACCAUUGAUGAUACACUUCACACUUCAUCAACAACGGUAACAGCGAAUCACGAACCACAAGAAUCAUCUACUCCGACACAACCUGAACCAUACGUUCCUUAUAUUUCGCCAGCGACCUAUGCACCGUUGAGUCUCAACGAAAUGCCGGCAACGCCGAACCCUGUUAUGCUUAAUGCAUCGAAUGAUCUUUUCUAUGGUCUUCAUCAUCAACGUUUCGAAAGAAGCUAUUCAUCAAAUAGCAACAAUAAUAAUAACAAUAAUAUGAAUUCCAACAGAUCUGAUUUAGAUUUACUUCUGAAUACUUCGCCAACACGAACGGAUUUCAAAUUAACAAACGAACAAAUCGAAUUUGCGCGUGACCUAUUUCGUUCGAGCACAUGUUUAACACGAACUGACAAAAGUCGAAUUCUUUCAUUUAUCGCUGGUGUUCGCGAUAGUUCAGCAGAUGCUAACGUCCCCGAUAAUCCAGUUGUUACAAUAAAAUUAAAUGAGAAAGGUGAAACAGUUCUUGAUCAAAAUACCGGUCAGCCGCAGCAAUAUUUUGCUGAAACAUUCUUUCAAAUGAAUACCACGACUGGCGAAUGGAAGCAUGAAAUAAGACAAACAACAGCAGUGACACAUGGAUCGACGAUUAAUGAUUCAUUUCGCCAUUUGAUACCAAUCAAAAUUGCUUAUAAUGUAGGACAAGUAAUUUCAAACGAUAUCAAUUGA